GUGCUCGCCGCGCGGUACAACAAGAUCCACUCUGCGACGGCGGCGGAGCUCCGGCCGUGGUGGCAGCGCGACGAGGCUGGCGCGUGGUGCUACACGCUGCAGAGGAAGACGCGCACCGCCGAGCAGUGGCGGGCGGCGCUUCUCGCCUCGCAGAGCCGGUCGCGCAUGAACGACCGCGUGUGCGGUAUCAACGGGUGCACCAUCGUCAACGUCACAGCCUCGCAAGGAGCGGCGACAGAAACGAAGGCGGGGGUUGGCGGGAAGCAGCACCCUGGCCUCUGCCGCCCUCCAGACAUCAGCGGCGCCAAGCGGCCGCGCGAGCCGGUGUCGCAGUUCUCGCCGACCGGGCUCGGCGCUUCGGGCGCCGACAGCGGCAUUGCCGUGGAGGCGGCCGUGGUGAGGCAGGAGCCGAUCGUGGCGGACGCUGCAGACAGGCGGCUGUCUCAGGCUCUCCCAGCGCCCGCGCCGUUGCCGCCGCCCCGCGGCGGGCGCGAGCGGCGCUUCGAGGUGGAUCGGAUCAUGCAGGCGCGGCUGCAGCCGACCGGGUGGGAGCUGCUCGUGCGAUGGAGGCACUUCUCCCCCAGCGACGACUCGUGGGAGCCCGAGGAGAACCUCCUCUUCUUCUCCGAUGAGAUUGCAGAGGCCAAGCGACAUGCGGUCAGCUUGGCGAGCUUGUUGCAGACUCUAGCACAAACAUUCGGCUCUGCGAAAGAGUGCGGAGCGGCAAUGGCGGAAGAGUUCGGGCCAAACAUCACCAUCAUCACCGUAAAAGGCAGCGACGCGCCGCUGCUGACCUUUCGCGGCGAGCCCCUCUCGUCGACGCUUGUUCGGCGCAAGAUGCGAAUGGGUGGCGUGCCUGCUCUUCGUCGGCUGGUCGCAGACAGGGUGCUGCCGGCGCCGGUGCUGGAGGUAUUGGCAGAGCUGUUGGAAGCCAGCAAUGAAGACGAAGGUUGUGGUGAAGGUGAGGGCGAGGACGAUGAAGAGUGCGAGGACGAGGACGAGGACGAGGACGAGGACGAGGACGAGGACGAGGACGAGGACGAGUGCGAGGAAGAGGGCGAGGGCGAGGGCGAGGGCGAGGACGAGGGAGAGGACGAGCAGACUGCGCGCCUCACGAAGGGCGAACCUAUUAGCGCGGCGACCGAAAUCGAGGUUGUCAACGAGGGCACGCUCGGGGCCGCUCGUCGAUUGCAUCGUAUGGGCCACAGUGUCGUCGCGCUCAACUUUGCCUCUGCGCGAAACCCCGGCGGCGGCUUCAUGUCUGGCGCCGAGGCGCAGGAGGAGAACCUCGCCCGUAACUCGCUGCUCUACGCGGCGCUAACAUCAGAGGCCGCGAGGCCGUUUUACCACGCGCACAAUAAUGGGGAGCGCAACGGCGGACUCUACUCGCACGCAGUCAUCUACUCGCCAGCGGUGCCCAUCAUCCGCACUGAAUACGCCGGCCGGCUGCUGGAGUCACCAUGGCCACUCAGCUUUAUCACUGCCGCCGCACCCAAUGCUGGCGCUGCGCGCAAGAGGCGUGUGCGCCAGCAGGACAUCUCGGCCGCCCUGGCUGAGCGGGCCGAGCGUGUGCUCCGUGUCGCUGCUGGCAACGGCCACAGCGCCCUCGUCCUCGGUGCGUGGGGCUGCGGGGUGUUCCAGAACGACCCUCGCAUGGUUGCGGGCGUCUUUUGCGCGCUGCUCCGCGGCAAGUACCACGGCGCCUUCGAGCGAGUCACGUUUGGCGUGAUCGGACCCGUCACCAAUCGGUCGCCGUUCGAGGAGUACUUUGGCGCGGGCACGCACGCGCUGUUGGCACCGCCCGGUGUGCCGCGGGCAGUGAUGAUGGGCCGCACCCGUCGCAGCGAAGCCAGAAAAGGGCGGCGCACAAGCCAGCGUCAUUUUCACGCCGACCACCUUGCCUGACUCGCUGCCUUGGCGUGGUGCGCCGCAUGAAGGGGACAACAGUACUGACGUAUAGUAGAGUCGGUCCUGGUAGAAUAUCAACCAAGACCAUACUCGC